UUUCAUACUUUUAAAUAUGAUUAUGUGCAACAUUUUUUAUUCUUAUUGGUUGUUUCCCAUAUUUUAGUUUGUGGAUUACGUGGCAAAACAGCUGGAGAUUCCAGCCAUUCUGUUGCAGGCCUUCCAAUAAAAAAUGAAUCAGCAAAAAACCAACACAGAUCGCAAUCUUUGGACAUCUUCAAGAUGUCUUCUCCAGGAACAUCUCGAAAUGCAUUCUCUAGAUUGUCGUCUAAAAUUAGCAUUCCGAUGACUACCAUGGCAACCAGCAGCUGUCAUUCAUGCAUACAGGCAACCCAGAGGAGAUGCUAUUCAAGUAAUUCAGAUCUACCUCCACACCAAGAAAUCGGGAUGCCGUCUCUUUCUCCAACCAUGACAGAGGGAAACAUAGCAAGAUGGCUGAAGAAGGAAGGGGAGAAAGUUUCUCCUGGGGAAGUACUAUGUGAAAUUGAAACUGAUAAAGCAACCGUUGAGAUGGAAUGCAUGGAAGAAGGCUAUAUUGCUAAGAUAAUUCAAGGAGAUGGGGCUCAAAAUAUUAAAGUUGGAGAGCCGAUUGCUAUAACUGUGGAAGAAGAAGAUGAUAUUGGAAAGUUUAAAGAUUAUAAAACUUCAGCAUCUUCUGCGCCUGCUGAAUCGAAGCCAUCAACUGAGCCUACCUCCCCUGCAGAGGUUGUUUUUUCAGAUCUACCUCCACACCAAGAAAUUGGAAUGCCGUCCCUUUCUCCAACCAUGACUGAGGGAAACAUCGCAAGGUGGCUGAAGAAGGAAGGGGAUAAAGUUUCUCCUGGAGAAGUACUGUGUGAAAUUGAAACUGAUAAAGCAACAGUCGAGAUGGAAUGCAUGGAGGAUGGUUACAUUGCUAAGAUAAUUCAAGGAGAUGGGGCCCAAAAUAUUAAAGUCGGAGAGCCGAUUGCUAUAACUGUAGAAGAAGAAGAAGAUAUUGGAAAAUUUAAAGAAUACAAAGCUUCAGCAUCUUCUUCACCUGAUGCAUCUAAGCCAUCAACUGUCUCUACUUCACCUAAGAGGCAGGAGUCAGAGCCUGUUAAAACUUCUGAGCCAAAGGUCUCAAGGACUGACGCACAUACAGAGGGCCGUAUCUUCUCUAGUCCUGCUGCAAGAAAAUUAGCCGAAGAUAACAAUGUGCCUCUUUCAAGCGUAAAAGGUACUGGUCCUGAUGGACAAAUUUUGAAGAGUGAUAUUGAAGACUAUCUAGCAUCCAGUGCAAAGGGUUCUAAGGUGAAGGAUGCAGCAAUAGCUCAAGCAUUAAGUUACACAGAUAUCCCUAACUCCCAAAUAAGAAAAGUCACUUCUUCACGCUUAUUGCUCUCUAAACAGACUCUUCCUCAUUACUAUUUAACUGUGGACACUCGGGUAGACAAACUUAUGGAGUUAAGAAGCCAACUUAAUUCUUUACAAGAAGCCUCUAGUGGGAAACGGAUUUCCAUAAAUGACCUUGUAAUAAAGGCUGCUGCUAUGGCUCUUCGCAAAGUUCCAGCAUGCAACUGUUCCUGGAUGAAUGAUUUUAUUCGCCAGUAUCAAAAUGUGAAUAUUAAUGUUGCCGUGCAAACUGAUAAUGGAUUGUUUGUACCAGUUAUCAGGGACGCAGACAAAAAAGGAUUAUCUACAAUUGCAGACGAGGUCAAGUCUUUGGCGCAGAAAGCCAAAGACAACAGUCUAAAACCAGAAGAUUAUGAGGGAGGCACAUUUACCAUAUCAAAUUUGGGAGGACCAUUUGGAGUCAAACAAUUCUGUGCUAUAAUAAAUCCACCUCAGUCUGGCAUUCUUGCUGUGGGCUCUGCCGAAAGGAGGGUUAUACCUGGCGCUGGUGCUGAUCAAUUUGAGUUAGCUUCCUUCAUGUCAGUCACAUUGAGCUGUGAUCACCGUGUCAUCGAUGGUGCUAUUGGUGCAGAGUGGUUGAAGGCAUUUAAAGGCUACAUCGAGAACCCAUCCUCUAUGUUACUAUGAACAGUCACUUCUUCAAGCAUUUUUGUAGGAUUUAGCAAAUAAUGAUCGGAUGACCUUUGAUUCUUUUGAUCCAUAAAUUGUAUUUAUUUCCCCUUGUGUAUGAUUUAGUACAGUCUUGAUGAGACCCUACAGAACCAAGAGCUGGAAUAAUAUACGAACAUGGGAUUGUACUGUGCACAAAUGAAACUUGAAGCAGUGUAAACCCGAGUAAAUAAUGAUUUUGGUGAAAGGAACAUAUUCGUAA